AUGGCUGAGGCUCAGCAAGUCCCCACCUUCAAGCUGGUGCUUACCACCUUCGUCAAGCGCCACUUGACUGGUGAGUUCGAGAAGAAAUACAUGGCCACACUUGGUGUGGAGGUCCACCCGCUAGGUUUCGAGACGAACUUUGGCAAGAUCCAAUUCGAUGUGUGGGACACCGCAGGUCAGGAGAAGUUCGGUGGUCUUCGUGACGGUUACUACAUCAACGGCCAGUGCGGUAUCAUCAUGUUCGACGUCACAUCCCGCAUUACCUACAAGAACGUCCCGAACUGGCACCGUGACUUGGUUCGUGUCUGCGAGAACAUCCCCAUUGUUCUCUGCGGUAACAAGGUCGACGUCAAGGAGCGCAAGGUGAAGGCCAAGACCAUCACUUUCCACAGGAAGAAGAACCUCCAGUACUACGACAUCUCGGCCAAGUCGAACUACAACUUCGAGAAGCCUUUCCUGUGGCUCGGCCGCAAGCUCGUUGGCAACCCUGCUCUGGACUUCGUUGCCGCUCCUGCCCUUGCUCCCCCCACCGCUGAGGUGUCCGCAGAGCAGCAGGCCGCAUACGAGGCUGAGAUUGCAGCGGCUUCGGUUGCGCCCCUGCCCGAUGACGAUGACGAUGACUUCUGAGCGGUGGAUGACUGCUAGCCCUAGCGCGAGGAUUCUAAUGGAAGCGCUCGGUGAAGCUGGGAUUAUGCCGUUCUGGGUCUCUUUGUGGAGAAACGCUGAGCUCGAGCGGCAGGCUGACUACUUAUGACGAUUAUGGGAUUGAUGGGAGGGAAAAGGUUGCACAAGGACUACCUCUGAAGGAAAAGUGAGCGAAGUUUCGGAAUAGGAUUUUACAUAUCCGGGACCGGCACAUCCACUCAGCAUCGCCCCUUACGAGAUUCACGACACGGUGGUAGAAUUCGGCGUCAGUUACUGCAUAGUGAACAGCUUAGGUAGACACUAAAAUUUUCAGCUGACUUUGACUUCUUUGGCGGAACAGUUAUUAGAGUUUCCAUAGCAGACACGGCGACCAUGGUUUUCGAGAGACAGUAGAAGUAAGGUUUCACUUGGAUUGAAACAGCACGAACAUGUGGAGUAGACAAAUGUAGUGAGCACGAUCAAAAGUUCUGGUGUGUCGAGGUUGCCUCUGUUGAUUAGGUUGCUUGAGCAAGGGUGCCUGUGUUCUAAUUGGACUCAAG